AUGGCCAACACCAAUUUCGCUGUCGACUGGGCAGUGGCACAAGGUGCGAAUGCCAUUGAAUGUGACAUUCAUUUUGAUGGUAGUGGGAAGACUUCUCUUAUUGGACAUGGUCCACAUUGUGACUGUGGUUGCGCUACGGGAAAUGAUCACAUUUGUUUUCCUCUUCAAAAUCAGUGUUGGGGUGUCAAAGCUACUGCAAAUCCUGCGACCUACAUGCAAAACAUCGCACGCCAUUCUGAUAUUGCUCUUUACUUUGUGGACUCCAAAGUUUCUUCUAGCAUGGGACAAACCCUCGUUAAAGCAGGAAGAGAUAUCAUUUCCUUCAUGGACAAAAACUUGUUUGGUUAUGGCUACAAGGGAAAGGUUGUCAUCUCAUCAGCCUCAUUCGGUACGUUUGCUUAUGUUCAAGCAGCAGCAAUAGCAGCAAAAGCAUCACGAAAUGCGCAUCGUUAUUUCUUCACGGUAGACCAAGAAGGAAAUAACUAUGAGGGCGUGAUGAAUAAGUUAUGCCCAUAUACAAAUAAUAAAGUUUACGGUACAGGCACUGGCUCAUGUGGUACAGUAUCGACUUAUUACAAUGGUAUUAAAGCUGCCGUGGUGGGAAAACGGCAUGAUGUGGUUCAGACGAUUGAACCGAAAUCAGGUCCUUGGGGUGAAUUUACGAAUACGGUUUAUUGUGAGACGAAUACAUGGGCAAUUGGUUUUCGACAACGUGUAGAAAAACCAUGUGAUAAAUGUGAUGAUACUGCUUUGAAUGCAUUGGAAUUAUUGUGUGGAAAAAAAGAUGGAACUUCUGUUAAAUCAAUUAAAGCACAUGAUGGUUUUUGGGGCGAUUGGAGUGAAGUCGUUCGUUGUCCUGGAGACAAAAACUUUUUGAAAGGUGUCUCAUUCAAAAUCGAACCACCUCAAGAAUUAGGUGAUGAUACAGCUGCAAAUGACUGUCGAUUUGCAUGCUCUCGCUCAUCGAAUAUUUUCGCAUCAAAUGGAGAUCCAUGGGGUGAUUGGCAAGAGAUGAAAUAUUGUCCUCCAUCAACAGCUAUCUGUGGGUUUUCACUAAAAUUAGAAAAUAUGCAAGACAAGGAAGAUGAUACAGCGGCAAAUGGAGCGAAAUUCGAAUGUUGUAGUUUAUGA